AUCCAACCUGUUGCCCACAGCAGAAUAGUAGUUUCAGCGCGCUGGAAGAAAGUUAUCGAUGGAACUUGCACAAUAAAUGUUUUCACAAAUGGAAAGUUGCUGGUUCCUCCGGUUCGAAUAAGGAUCCCGAAGCACACACUGAAAAGUUGGGAAAAUGUUUUAGCCAUGGUGACAGAGAAAGUGAGUCUUCGCACUGGUGCUGUUUUCAGACUGUGCAAAUUAGAUGGACAGCCUGUCUGUGGCUCCUCUGAACUGGAGAACAACCAGCAUUAUGUUGCAGUAGGUACCGAAAAGUUCAAACUUCUCCCAUACGGCCAGACACUUCACUUCAGGGACUCGAUCAAAGAAAACACAACUGAAAGCAAUCUAGAUAACGAAAAGAAAAACCUUGAGAAAGACACGCAGCGUGUUCAACGCACAAAACAAAAGGAGUGAAAUGGCAGGAGCGGCGGAGGUUCAGGAAGACCGCCAGCUGAAGGUGGAGCUGCCAAUAGAUCAGGUUGAGGCCACGAUAGUGGAAGAAGAGCACGAAGAUUUGAGUUGUGAGGCCUUUCAGGAUGACGAGGACACCACGUGUCUGCAGCAGUCUUUAGCUGCAGUUUCCAGGAAAGAUGAGGAUAAAGAGAAGGAGGUGUUGCACGGGCUUGCCGGAAUACGGUCACGGGUGUCCCAGUUUUUCAAGGGAGCAAGCAGGUCAGCCCAAAGGGAAUUUGAGUGAUUGAUGUCCUAGUGUCAUGCUGAUUGACUUCACGGUUGCAUACCCUGGAAGAAGAGAUGAGGUACACAGCAGAAGGGCAAUCACUGCCACACAGUACAUACUCCAUUUCAGGGUUCCUCUCCCUGUGGGUCGGUCCUGCAACUUACCACACACCUUGUUGGUCGAGCGAUCUACAGGCUGUGAAGUUCUCAAAAAAGCCGUGAUCCUUGCACGAACACCUUUUUUUUUUUUGUCUGAUGGGGGGAAUUUAAGGGUCAUUUGGUCUUGAACCUGGUUUUCCCAGUGGAUUUAUAUAACCGUUGUGUUUUUUAAAUAACAUGGUCUCAGCCUCUGGUGUAAUCUGUGAUGUCUGUCUUCCAUUCAUAAAGUGUGUAGAUUUAAUAUUUGUAUGAUUCGCAAAUAGUCCAGGAUUCAGAAUUCUUGAAAAUGUUACUUGGUUUAAAUUUGAAAACUAAAAGCUACUAUAAAAAGGAAAAGACUUUAGAAAUCCCAUGCAUGUAGUGCCUUGUGAACUGUGCAGGCCUGGUACUGUAUUUAUAUUGGGGUUUCUCAUGAUGAGAAACAGACGGAGUGUGUCAAAGAUAAAAGGAAAGGAAGUAUGAAGUAUGACUAAGGUUAUAAUGAUGAGGAGCCUAGACCCAGGAGACCAAAAUACACAUUUGAAGCCCCUGAUUUUUUUCUGUCUGUUUUAUAUUUGCUGAUUCCCCGUCGUCUUCCAUUUUUAAAGGGGUAAUAUCAUGUAAAAUCAACUUUUUUGAGUUUUAUAUCAUGUUAUAAU